AAAUGCCUCACUUACCUGCUUUAGCUCUAUCAAUAGCUAAAAAGCGCUUGUUAUAAGAAAGAACAGCUGCCUCUAAGCUUCUCCUGUGAAGGAUUUGGUCAAAUUUGCUCCAGAAUUCUUAAUACAGGGUGGUCUAUAAGAUACUAGAUCUAGAGCUUCAGUUUAGACCUGAUCUCCUUGAGCCAGCAGCUCAUCUUCUCAAUGAACAGUGGCCUAGAAGCUUAGAGGCAAGGAAGCACUCCAUUGCUGAUAGCAAGACUGACCUACCUGUAUCUCUCUUACCAAUAACAAAAGACAAGGAGAGAGUGAUUGGAUUUGUUAGGAUAUUCAAAGUUGCCAAUAGAAGUAAUGCUGGACUCAUUGAAUCACUUGCCAUCUCACCUGACACCACAUGAGAAGUUAAUGUGGCUUUAGAUGCAGAGCAUGUGGAGACAAGAGACAAGGAGAAAGUGAUUGGAUUUGCAAAAUUGUAAUGCAGAUUGAUCCACUUGUCAUUUGAAGGAGCAUGGUUCUGGUGAUAAAAUGAAAGCUUGCCGAGACACAUGCAAAUUUGUAUGUAUUACAUGCUUGGAUAUAAGUGCCAUUAGGUACAUGCAGCAGUGGCAGCUCUCAACCUCAUGUAGCCUCAGGUCAAGUUGCCGCUAGAGUUCAGAUAUAUGCUUGUUUUAGAAUCUAUUAAUUGUUUUAGGAAUUAGGAGCCCAUGAAGAACAAGAGGUUCUGAUUUUUUGACAGUUGUGUGGUUUGUGGGAGUGGUUGGUAUCUAGUAUUUUACCCAGCCAGCUAUAUAAAGCAGUGGUGGCAGUGAAGCCAGAUUCAUAAUUCAUUGCCUAAAAGUUCUUGACUGGUGUCAAAGAUAGUUCUAACUUAAAGUGGUCAACUGCUGUUAAGCACAGUCUUAGAGUUCAAUUAAAGUUCAACUCAACAGUUUGAAAAUUAAAAUUAUGGAAGAGCUGCCUAAAAAGCCAGUUGGACGGGUCAAACAAAUGACUGGUGCUUUUUCAAAGGCUGGAAAAACUUUUGUGAAUGCUCCACGGCACUUGUUAGAUUUGCAAAGAGAUGCAAGUAAAGCUCUUGAGUCUCUAUUGAGGCGAGCCUGGGCACAUCAAAGGGAAUUGAGGAUACUGGUCACUGGAAAGACAGGCCAAGGAAAGUCUACCCUCAUUAAUGGCAUUCUAGGUGCUCAUGUUGCUGUUGAAGGAGCUGGUGCUAAGAGAUGUACAACACACGUUGAAAUGUUUUCAAAAACGAUCAAAGGUGUUCCAAUCAAAGUCUUUGAUUCUCCUGGCUUACAAGAUCGCACAGCAAAUGAAGAGGAGUACAUACAAGGAAUGAGAGAAACAUGCCAAGAGCUUAGUUUAGUCCUCUACUGCACUAAGAUGAUUAACACUCGUCUAACCGAUGAUGACAAGAAUGCUAUGGUCAAGCUAACAAAAGGUUUUGGAGAAAGUUUCUGGAACUAUUCUGUGUUUGUCCUCACUUUUGCUAACCUUGAAAAUGUCACAAGAAAAGAUGACAGAGAUGCUGAUGAGGAAGAACCAGAUGAAGAUAAUGUGGAAGCAUGGAAAGAAUUAGAAAAAAGAAGAUUCAUGAGACGGUUGGAGUUAUGGAAGGAAGAGCUACAAAAUUUCCUCAUCAAUGAAGUAGGAGUGAGCAAAAAGAUUGCUGUCAGAAUUCCUGUCAUACCAACUGGAGACAACAAAAAGUCCUAUGACAAUGUAGAGUUUCUUCGUCUCCCUGACCGUGACAACUGGUUUAACAAUUUUUGGGAAGCAUGCUGCCUGCGAGUUAAGGAAACACGUCUUUUCCUUCAAAUAAACAGCAAUCGCAUGGUUGAAAAAGACAAUGGUGAUGAUGAUGGAGAAGAAGAUGAUAAUACUGAAGAACCUUCUACAGCCUUGUCACCAGAAGAAGAGAAAAGGGACGUUAAAGAAAAAUUGGAGACAAUUGAAAGAUUCAAAACUGCUCGUAAUAGUUUCAUAAAACUUCAGCAGAAAUCUGAAGAAGAAAGGAAGAUUCCAGAACCUAUGAAACCUAGGCCUUUAAUGAAUUAUCAAGUACAACAUAAUCCAACAAAAAAGAAAGAAGCACCGAUUAAGAUGACAAGGACAAGAGGUGCUUCAGAACCUGAUGAACCCCCACAGCUAGCAGUUUCAAAUGGUUAUUCAACACCCAGAAAUAAGACUCCUCCACCAACUGUUUCUCCAAAACCAGUUCGUCGAAAAAUGAAAGAAAGUAGCUAUGGAUUACCUACAAUUCCAAUGGAUGCCUUAAAGCCAGGAGCUACCUAUAUAAAGCCAAUGCCUCCUCCAUCCCCUUCAAAGGGUUCCCCAAAUCAUUCCCCAACUCCUGCAAGGAUAACAAAAGAAGCAUCCCCUCCCUCUUCUCCUCCUCUAUUGCAGCUACAAUCCAUAUCACAAAAUGGAGUACCCAUAGUUGAUGCAGUUCAGCCCAGUGAGCCCGCAGUUUCUGUUAGUAAAUCCGUUCAAGUCACUAAUCAUCUUGUGAACCAAGAUAUUCACAUUCAUCCCACUCUUGUCAAGGAAGUUGCCGUUGAGACCGUCAGAAGAGGUUUCAGUGAAGCUUGUGCUGAUGCAUGUAGAGCAGCUUUUGAUAAUUAAAAAACCAUCAAAAUGGUUAGUAGGAUUUUUUAAAAAAAGAAGAAGUAGUAGCCUAAAAUUAAUGACUAUUAUGAAUUUGCUAGUUUAAUGCUAUUAAUUCUUAACGAUGAGUCCUUUUUGUUACUAUUAUUUAGAGAAGAAUCUAUUAAAAAAACAUUUUUGUCUAUCACAAGUGUGUAGGUGGUGUGUGUAUACUUUAGCCUUAGGUGUGGUGAUAGUGGUCAUAUGGCUUCUUACAUGCAAAUGGCUGAUGACUAUGAGGUACUAGAGCUUCAGUUUAGACCUGAUCUCCUUGAACCAGCAGCUCAUCUUCUCAAUGAGCAGUGGCCUAGAAGCUUAGAGGCAAGGAAGCACUCCAUUGCUGAUAGCAAGACUGACCUACCUGUAUCUCUCUUACUAAUAACAAAAGACAAGGAGAGAGUGAUUGGAUUUGUUAGGAUAUUCAAAGUUGCCAAUAGAAGUAAUGCUGGACUCAUUGAAUCACUCGUCAUCUCACCUGACUUGAGAAGGUGUGGCUUUGGACAUCGCCUAAUGGAAGCAGCUGAAGCACAUGUAAAGAGAUUAGGGUAUACUACCAUGCAUCUGUCAACUAAUGAUCAGCAUAUCUUUUAUAAACGGAUUGGAUACAUUGAGAGCACACCAGUUAAUGCUGUAAGGAGAUGCACAGCUAUACAUCAAACUAGUGAUGAUGAAGAUGAUUCUUCAUAUAAUGAAGCAAUAGAUGAGCCUCUUCCUGAACCCUCUCCUAAUGUUAUUGACACUACUAAUACUCCAAUAGCCUCUUCCCUUCCUCCUCCUCCUCCUCCUCCUCCUCCCCCUCCUCUAUUGGUUCCUAAAAUUGAUGAUACUACUGUCACUAAGUGGUAUAUUAAACACUUAUAAUAAACGUUAUUUUUUAUAAUUUCAGUCUAUUUACUGUGUCCAUGUUUUUGAAUCUUAUCAACACUAAUGUUCCCAAUUGUUAUAAAA